AUGAUGGCGAGGAAGCUCUCGGAACGAUUUUCUGACGAGGUCUGGACAUCUCACAAGCUUGCUAUUGGAGAGCUGUACAUUGGAGAAGACAGGAAGCUCUGCGGCCAUGAAGGUGUCAUGGACAUCAUGACGAGACGUUACGGUUUCUCGCCCAGUGAAUCGCAGUAUGAAAGGAAGUUUGCUUCUUGGGGCAUGCGCAAGAAAAUCACCGGCAAGGAAUGGAAUGCGAUUCUGCCUCGUGUGCAGGAAAGAGAGGAGCGUGGUCGGCAGACACUCGUUGCUUUCAACGGUGUAUUUCUCGACAAGAAGCGUAUGGAAAGAGAGCUAGAUCGCCGUCGUUCCAACUCGAACAUGCGCCAGGGUUUUGUGCAAGGUAUGGAGUUCUUCGACAUGCUUUCAUAG